AUGCUGCCAGCCACGCAGGCGGCUUGUCUCCGAAACGCUGCACGUCGUGCGGCCGCGCAAACAGCAGCCCUAUGCCAGGCCCGUCGCAUCCACAACAAGUCUCAUGGCCUCUUUAACGCCGAGGCGGCCCCAGUCGCCCGUGACGCACGCCUUGAUAAGGGCCAGCGCACCUCCGCCGUAGAUGACAUCCUGGCCCGAAGAGCCAAGGCCGGCAAGCUGGUAGCCGGCAUUGCCGCUGCUUCGGAUAGUGACAUGUUUAAAGGCUCGCAAGAGGGAAAGCCCAAGGCCAAGCGCUGGGACUCCCACCUGAGCCAUGAGAGCAUCGAAAGGAAACCGUGCACCCUCAAGCAGGCUGCGAAGCACCUAAAAAAACCUGGCCUCAUCUCCCUCGGAGGUGGCCUUCCGUCCAGCGAGGUCUUCCCUUUUGCUGAGCUCAGCAUGAAAGUCCCUACUGCCCCAAACUUCUCGGAGAAAGAAACCCUUGAGCAUGGCAAGACGGUCACCAUCGGCAAAUACGACGUGAGGGACCGCGAUGGUGUCUAUGAUCUCUCCAUUGCCCUCAACUAUGGCCAGUCCACCGGCUCUGCCCAGAUGAUUCGUUUCCUCACAGAGCACACCGAGAUUGUGUGCAAGCCGCCCUACGCGGACUGGCGGGUGUGCCAGACCAUCGGCAGCACGGGUGCCUUGGAGCAGGCCUUGCGCAUGUUUUGUGACAAGGACCGCGGCGACUCCGUCCUCACCGAGGAGUUCAGUUUCUCUACGGCACUGGAAACCAUUGCGCCACUCGGCGUCAAGGUGUUUGGCGCUGCCAUUGAUGAACAGGGAUUGAUACCGGAAGCCAUGGACGAUCUUCUCACCAACUGGGACGCAAAGUCCCGCGGCGCGAGGAAGCCUCACGUCCUUUAUACUGUUCCGUCGGGGCAGAACCCUACGGGUGCCACGCAAGGCGCAGAGAGGAGGCAGGCCAUCUAUCGCAUUUGCCAAAAGCACGACAUCUUCAUCAUUGAGGACGAGCCCUACUAUUUCCUCCAGAUGCAACCCUACACCGGGCGUGAUCAGCCGGAUGUGCCUCCUCCCAAGAACGUCGAGGAGUUUGUCUCGUCGUUGAUCCCUUCUCUGGUCAGCAUCGACGUUGACGGCCGAGUUAUGCGCAUGGACUCGUUCUCCAAGGUUUUGGUGCCUGGCUCUCGCCUGGGCUGGGUGGUCGCCUCCGAGCAGAUCAUCGAGCGAUACCAGCGGCACGCCGAGGUUGCCAGCCAGGGCCCCGCCGGGUUCUCCCAAGUCAUCCUGUACAAGCUGCUCGACGAGACGUGGGGACACGAGGGCUAUCUGCAGUGGCUGAUGAACCUGCGCCUGGAGUACACGAAGAAGCGCAACGCCCUCUUGGCUGCUUGCGAGGAUAACCUGCCACGCGACAUUGUGAGCUGGGUUCCACCCGCCGCGGGCAUGUUUAUGUGGCUCAAGGUCGAUUACUCUCAGCACCCGCAGGCCGGCACGCGAUCGCUGGAGGAGGUUGAAGAGGAGAUUUUCAACUCGUGCAUCGACAGCGGUGUACUGGUCGCGAGGGGCUCGUGGUUCCUGGCCGAGAAGGACAAGCCCCUGCCAGGACUCUACUUCCGCACGACGUAUGCCAUGGCGACGCCCGACGCGAUGAAUGAGGCAAUCAAGAGAUUCGGCAAGGCGGUGCGGGACAGUUUUGGAAAGAAAUAG